AUGAAGAUCUCUGGUUUCCUCCUUUCCGCCGCAAUGGCCGCUCCUGCCGUGCUGUCAUUUUCAACCAACACACUUGCUGCUCGGAAAUUGUCGCCUUCUCCUUUGUCUGCAUCUUUUGCUGGGGAUGACUUUGGUGUGAACCCAUUCAAGAAGUUGCUUAUGGAGAAGGAAGAAACGACAGAACGUUGGGAUCGCCUGGAAUCCCUCGCUGCUGCUAUCCAAGAGGCGAAUCCAAACAAGGGUGGUAUGAUCAGCUUGCAAGCUUUGAAGGCAGAAGACCCAGAAAUUGUGGAGGAGUUGAAGGCGACUGGUGUCCAAUUCACCACACCCAAAACCAUGCAGGAUGUGAUUGUCGGUUACCUCACACACGGAGCCGGUUGGUUUAUCACUUCUGUGUUUGCAUUCACUUGCCUUUUCAGACUCUUUCUUUGCGGCACUCCUCUCGGCUUUGCCGAUUUGAUCGCGAUUCCAACUGCCCGCUUGAUGUGGGAAGUGCAAGAGUGGGCCGUCCACUCCCGUUGGUUUCAUGGGGAAGGAGACGGCCGUGCCAUGGACUUUUUCAAGAGCCACGAUCGUCACCAUGACCUUCCCUACUACCAUCUUUCUGUCGAGUCCCUGCGAAUUAGCGCGGUUUGGUUUCACGUUGUUCUGGGCAUUUCAUUCGGUGCUGUGGCUCUUGGCGCCCCUGCUGCCAUUGUGACAACCUGCUUUGCAACGUAUCAAGCCAGUGCCUUGGUCUAUUCCUUUCUGCAUGCUGUUUGCCACUCGCACGUUCCUGUGACGGGAUACCUAAAGGAAUGCAAGGAGAACCACAUCAAGCAUCACGUUUCUCCUACUCACCACCUCAACAUGGGACCCAACCGUAUUGAUCAGCUCAUGGGCACCGACUCCUAUGAAGCACGCAACCGCAUGCAAGGGGUCAUCGAGUAA